GUCUUCGGCCAAAACCCCAGCGAAGUCCGUUUGCGGCCCGCGCUCCUCCCGGCGCAGGCGUGGCCGUCACAAGACCGCCCCCGGCCCCAGCUAACCAUCGAGUGCAGCAGGCGGGUAGAAGGGCCCGAAUCCAGGGCCGCUCCGUCCCUCGCUUCCGGCAACGCCUCGCUGCUCCAGGAGCGCUGUAGCCGCGAGUGCAGUUUCCAUGGGGACUGAAGAUGGCGCCGCGAGGUGAGGUUCUGGAGGUAAACGGUUGUCUUCCACCCCUCUGGAAAUCCUCUUCUUUCUGAACGGGUGGUAUUAUGCUACCUAUUUCCUGCUGGAACUCUUCAUAUUUCUGUAUAAAGCUCUUCUUCACUGCAAGGUCUCUUCAUCAGAUGGCUUCCUUGAGAAUGAUUCAGUAGGAAGCCACUCAGCAAGAAUUUCUUGAGUUUGGGAAAUGGGGGCUUCUCCCUUCUGACUCUCCCCUGUCACCUCUCUUUGCUGAACUCCACUUUAAGCCCAUUGGUGACCCUCAGAAGCUAUUCAGCGCCUGUAUAUCCGUGUACAUCUGAUCUGAUAACUGGAGAGUGGCAUCCCCACAGACUCUUUUUUUUUUUUAAGGUUUUAUUGAAGUAUAGUUGAUUGCAACUAUAAAUUGAUUUGCAAUGUUGCGAUAAUUUCUGCUGUACAACAGAGUGAUUCAUUUACACAUAUCCACAUCUCCAUUCCUUUCCAGAUUCUUUUCCCAUGUAGGUUAUCACAGAAUACUGAGUAGAGUUCCCUGUGCUAUAAAUAGCAGGUCCCCACUGACCACCCAUCCAUUCCAUAUGCAGUAGAGCCCCACAGACUCUUGGAGUUAGGAGUAAAAGCCCAUAAUUACGAGCCUGCCUCUAACAGACAUAGCCGCACCAUGAGUUAACGGAUCCUGCCCGUAUCUCAGUCUCCUGCUACCAUAUCCAACAGCCAAUCUGGUCCUGGAUGUGGUGAUGCUCUUCCUUUAUCUUGGCAUUGAAGCAAUUCGACUGUUUUUUGGUACAAAGGGAAACCUCUGCCAACGACAGAUGCCACUUGGUAUUAGUGUGGCCUUGACCUUCCCAUCUGCCGUGAUGGCCACCUAUUACCUGCUGCUGCAGACGUAUGUGCUCCGCCUGGAAGCCGUCAUGAACAGCAUCUUGCUCUUCUUCUGUGGCUCAGAGCUGCUGCUUGAGGUGCUCACCUUGACGGCUUUCUCCAGUAGGGACAGGAUUUGACAUGCAAAACUGUCAGCCAGCAGCCCUCACAGGCUGAGACCACACACACAUCUGGUACUUGAGCCACACCAGUGAGGAAUGCUGGGUCAAGUUGUCCUGGGAAAGGUGGCAGCUUUCCCUCAGCACAGACACUUGGGGAACAAACGGAGCCUAAGUCUGCUGGGCACCAUCUUCUAAGCCAGGCCCAGCAGCCCAGGCCUCUUGUGCACUCCCGUAUAGGGAGGGGCGAGGCUGAGCCCCUCCUGGCCCUUCUCAGAACCAGUUCCCUUCUGACCUCCCGGUCUCCUCUUUGAUCGUCGUGGCCAGAGCAUCUUGUGCAGACCGUGUAGGCUUCUUAGGUGGGACGUGAGCCACACCCCCGUGUGUGCUGUGCCUCACAUGUCCUGUAAACCGUGGAGCGCCUCAGGAGGGCCUGCUCCCGGAGGGAUGCAGAAGCCUCUCGUCCCAUUUCUCAGAGACUGAGCUCCAGGACUUUUUAGUAGCUCAUAGUGUUAUUUUUCUACUCUCAUCAUGAAACAAACAUUAUUUUAUAAUAAAUGUGUAUUUUCUGUU